UGAUAUUUUUUCCAAUGCAGAUGUAACCUGAACAAAACUCUCCUCAUGCCCAAUGAUCAGCUCAAAACAUCCUCUGCAUCCGGUGCUGGAUCAACAUGUAGGAACUAGUGUGUUUAAGUGGUUGUUAAUCCCCCUCUGGUCUUAACUCUUUAGCAUUAAGCUAAUUAAUGCCAGAGGCUGCUGUUUGGCUUCAUUCCUGAAGUCCAUUUAGGCCGACACAGUCAUUAUUGCCAAUGGAACUAGGCAUGAAUGAUGUGCCUGUUUAAUCCUUGCGGGCAGGUCCAGAAGCUCCAGUGCAUGUGCCCUGCAGACUUCAGAGGAGUCUUCCAGCUGGAUGAGAGGAGGAGGGGUGCCGUCAUUGCACUGGGCAUUUUUCUAGUCGAGUCAAACCUGCAGCACAGAGAUGCCAUUGUCCCCUACCUGCUUGGGUUGCUUAAAGGGCUUCCUAAAGUUCAGUGGAUUGAAGAAAACUCAGAACACAAAGCUCGAGAAACCCUUCCUGUUGCAGAGAACUUCAGCUUUUGUCUUGUAACACUGCUCUCCGAUGUCGCCCAGCGUGAUGAGACCUUACAAGGACAGAUCCUGGAGGCUGUCAUGGACGUCAUGCAGGUGCUGCAAGACAGCUGCAAGAAUCCCGAGGCUCAUGAUAAAGAAUACCUGUGCAGGUACACUGUGCCCACUCUGCUUGGUGUGGCCCGAGCUUUUGGCCGAUACAGCAACACCGAUGAGCCACUUCUCUCCAAGCUCUUCCCUCGACCAGUUGCUCCUGUGCUGCCUACGGGUGAUGACAGUGAUGCCACCCGCCGACGGUCCUUCAACGACUUCCGCUCCAUCCUGCCCAGCUCUUUGCUCACCGUGUGUCAGGGAGACUCCCUGAGACGAAAAGGCUCCUUGGUGUCCAGUGUGUCACAGCAGGCCAGCCCAGAAAGAGCAGCUGUGACCCCUAGCUCACCGGCUGAUCCCUCUGCACAGUACUUUGAAAGCUCAUACCUCCCUGACAGCAGUGCAGUGGACCCUGAUUACUACUUCUGCACCAUCAGCUCCAGCUUCUCUCUCUCACCUCUUUUCACUGGAAACAGCUCUGGAGAGUUUUAUGUCCCUCUGGAGAUGCUCAGACAGCUCCUUGACAUGUUUCAGCAGUUUGUCUCUGAGUCUUUUUUAAAAUCACUGGAUAAGACCUUGGCAGAACUUCUGGAGUUGCAUCCUGGUCUUCACUUGCAUUACAAAACCUUCAGCGAUCCUCUGUAUGUAGCCAUAUUUAAGAUGCUCAGGGACAGCCUGUACAAUCUGAAAGAUGUUCAGACAGACUAUGUGAAGGAGGUUCAUGACUUUGUGCUGGAGCAGUUCAGCAGCAGCCAGUCGGAGCUGCAGAGGAUCCUGCACGAUGUCGAGUACCUCCAGAGCGAGCUGAGCCCGCUCAAGCUGCGCUGUCAGGCCAACGCCGCCUGCGUGGACCUCAUGGUGUGGGCUGUCACUGAGGAGCAGGGAGCUGAGAACCUUUGCACCAAACUGUCAGAGAAGCUGCAGUCGAAGACGUCCAGUAAAGUCAUCAUCGCUCACAUGCCCCUCCUCAUUUGCUGCUUACAGGGCCUGGGUCGCCUGUGUGAGCGCUUUCCUGUGGUGGCCCACUCUGUCACCACGUCACUGAGAGACUUCUUGGUGGUUCCCUCUCCUGUGCUGGUGAAGCUGCACAAGUACCACAGCCAGUGCACAGCAGGGGGUGGAGAGAUAAAGAUCCACGUGACCAACGAACAUUCCCAGUCCACCCUCAGCACCAGUUCUAGCAAGAAGAGCCGGCCCUCCAUGUACGAACAGUUACGGGACAUCUCCAUAGAUAACAUCUGCAGGUGCCUGAAAGCAGGGCUGACUAUGGAUAAUAUCAUUGUAGAAGCUUUUCUCGCCAGUCUGUCUAACCGUCUCUACAUCUACCAGGAAAAUGACAAGGAUGCCCACUUGAUCCCCGAUCACACCAUCAGGGCUUUGGGCCACAUUGCUGUGGCGUUGCGGGACACCCCCAAGGUCAUGGAGCCCAUCCUGCAGAUCCUACAGCAGAAGUUCUGUCAGCCUCCAUCCCAGCUUGAUGUCCUCAUCAUAGACCAGCUGGGCUGCAUGGUCAUCACAGGCAAUCAAUACAUCUACCAGGAGGUUUGGAAUUUGUUCCAGCAGAUCAGUGUCAAGGCCAGUUCCAUGGUCUACUCCACCAAAGACUACAAGGACCAUGGAUACAGACACUGUUCCCUGGCCGUGAUAAAUGCUCUUGGAAAUAUAGCAGCCAACCUUCAGACUGAGCAGAUGGUUGAUGACCUGCUGGUCAACCUGCUGGAGCUUUUUGUUCAGCUUGGCUUAGAAGGCAAGAGAGCCAGUGAGAGAGCCUCGGACAAAGGGCCAGCGCUGAAGGCAUCAAGCAGUGCUGGAAACCUCGGUGUCCUUAUUCCAGUUAUUGCAGUGCUGACUAAGAGGUUGCCACCAAUCAAGGAAGCAAAGCCACGUCUGCAGAAGCUCUUCAGGGACUUCUGGCUCUACUCUGUGGUCAUGGGAUUUGCAGUGGAAGGCUCAGGUCUGUGGCCAGAGGAGUGGUAUGAAGGAGUUUGUGAGAUAGCAACCAAAUCACCGCUGCUCACAUUUCCCAGUGGAGAACCAUUACGCUCAGAGCUGCAGUACAACUCUGCACUGAAGAAUGACACCGUCACUCAGGCUGAGUUGAAUGAUCUGCGCGGUACCAUUAGCAACCUGCUGGAUCCUCCUCCUGAGGUGGCUGCUCUCAUCAACAAACUAGACUUUGCCAUGUCGACAUAUUUGCUGUCUGUUUACAGACUGGAGUACAUGAGGAUGCUGCGUUCUCUGGACUCGGAUCGCUUUCAGGUCAUGUUUCGAUACUUUGAAGACAGAGCCAUACAGAAGGACAAGUCUGGCAUGAUGCAGUGUGUGAUAGCUGUUGGCGACAAGGUGUUUGAGAUCUUCCUGCAAAUGAUGGCUGAAAAACCAAAAACCAAGGCCCAUGAGGAGGAGCUAGAACAACACGCUCAGUUCCUCCUGGUCAACUUCAACCACAUCCACAAGAGGAUCCGGAGAGUGGCUGACAAAUAUUUGUCUGGCCUGGCUGAAACUUUCCCCCACUUGUUAUGGAGCGGCCGAGUGCUGAAGACCAUGUUGGACAUCCUGCAGACUCUCUCGCUGUCGCUCAGCGCAGACAUCCAUAAAGACCAGCCGUUCUACGACAUCCCAGACACGCCCUACAGAAUCACUGUCCCAGACACGUAUGAAGCCAGAGAGAGCAUAGUGAAGGAUUUUGCAGCUCGUUGUGGGGAGAUCCUUAAAGAGGCCAUGAAGUGGGCUCCGUCUGUGACCAAGUCCCACCUGCAGGAGUACCUGAACAAACAUCAGAACUGGGUGACGGGUCUGUCCCAGCACACGGGCCUGGCCAUGGCCACAGAGAGCAUCCUGCACUUUGCCGGCUACAACAGACAGAGCGCCACUCUGGGGUCCACUCAGUUGACUGAGAGGCCGGCCUGUGUGAAGAAGGACUACUCGAACUUCAUGGCCUCCCUCAACCUCAGGAACAGAUAUGCUGGAGAGGUUUCAGGUAUGAUCCACUUCGCCCAGGAAGUGCGGGGACAGUCCGAUCUGAGCCGGAUUAUGAUCAAGCAGAUGGAAGAGGCUCUGGACUCUGCAAGGGCUGAAGCGUUCACUGAAAUCAUGUUCAAACUGGCUGCCUUGCUCAUCAGCACCAAAGACUGCGAUCCUCAGCUCCUACACCACCUCUGCUGGUCCCCUCUCAAGAUGUUCACAGAACAUGGCAUGGAAACAGCUGUUGCCUGCUGGGAGUGGCUGUUGGCAGCUCGUGCGGGACUGGAAGUACCGUUUAUGCGAGAGAUGGCGGGAGCGUGGCAGAUGACCGUGGAGCUGAAGAUGGGAUUGUUCUCAGAUGCUCAGGUGGAGGCUGAUCCGCUGGCUGCAUCAGAGGAAAGUCAGCCUGUCCCCCGCCCCCCAGAUGUUACACCUCACCACAUAUGGAUUGAGUUUCUGGUCCAGAGGUUUGAGAUAGCGAAGUAUUCCAGUGCAGAUCAGGUGGAGAUCUUUUGCAGUUUGGUUCAGCGCUCACUGUCUCUCAACGUAGGUGGGGCGAAGAGUAGCCUCAACCGCCACGUAGCCACUAUUGGACCUCGUUUCAGGCUGCUGACUCUGGGCCUGGCUCUGCUCCACUCGGACGUCGUCACCAAUGCAACUGUGAGAAACGUUCUCAGAGAGAAGAUCUAUUCUACAGCCUUUGAUUACUUCAGUGUGGCUCCAAAGUUUCCCACCCAAGGUGACAAAUGGCUCCGCGAAGACAUCAGCAUCAUGAUCCGUUUCUACGCCAGCAUCCUGUCUGACAAGAAGUACCUGGCAGCGUGCCACUUGGUCCCACCUGAUAAUCAGGACCCGUCCCUGAACAGUCUGUCAGUGAUGAAUGCUGCUGACCUCAGGAGCAACCUGGACUCCAGCUCUCGCUCCCAGCAGAGCAGCCAGGGAUGGAUCAACACCUACCCGCUGUCCAGUGGCAUGUCCACGACAUCCAAGAAAUCAGGCACGUCCAAGAAGAGCAACAGGGGGACGCAGCUUCACAAAUACUACAUGAAGCGCAGGACUCUGCUGCUGGCCUUACUGGCCAGUGAGAUUGAACGGCUGACGACGUGGUACAACCCGCUCUCCACUCAGGAACUGGCCAUUGCCACAGAGCAGUCAGUGGAGACCAGCAUCGCCAACUGGAGGUCCAAGUACAUCAGUCUCACGGAGAAACAGUGGAAGGACAACGUCAACCUGGCCUGGAGUAUCGCACCUUUCCUCGCUAUGCAGUUACCAGCAAGGUUUAAAAACGAUGCUAUAGUUGCUGAAGUGACCAGGCUGGUGAGACUGGACCCUGGAGCAGUCAGUGAUGUACCUGAGGCCGUCAAGUUCCUUGUGACGUGGCACACUAUCGAUGCUGACUCUCCUGAGCUGAGCCAUAUCCUGUGCUGGGCACCGGCGGACCCACCCACUGGGCUGUCCUACUUCAGCAGCAUGUACCCUCCUCACCCUCUCACCGCCCAGUAUGGGGUUAAGGUGCUGCGCUCCUUUCCUCCAGAUGCCAUCUUGUUCUACAUUCCUCAGAUUGUGCAGGCGCUCCGCUACGAUAAGAUGGGUUACGUGAGGGAGUACAUCCUGUGGGCGGCCCAGACGUCUCAGCUCCUCGCACACCAGUUCAUUUGGAACAUGAAGACCAACAUCUUCAUGGAUGAGGAGGGACACCACAAAGACCCCGACAUCGGAGAGCUGCUGGAGCAGAUGGUCGAGGAGAUCACUGGCUCUCUGUCGGGUCCGGCCAAAGACUUCUACCAGAGGGAGUUUGACUUCUUCAACAAGAUCACCAACGUGUCCGCCAUUAUCAAGCCAGUUCCAAAGGGGGAGGAGAGGAAGAGGGCCUGUCUCAAAGCUCUGUCGGACAUCAGAGUCCAGCCAGGCUGUUACCUGCCAAGUAAUCCUGAAGCCAUAGUGCUGGACAUUGACUACAAAUCUGGAACUCCCAUGCAGAGUGCCGCCAAAGCGCCCUACCUGGCAAAGUUUAAGGUGAAGCGCUGUGGGGUGAGUGAACUGGAGAGAGAGGGUCUCCGCUGCCCCUCUGACUCUCCGGACGACGAAGAGGAGAAUCCAGAUGGAUCACACAAGGCUUGCUGGCAGGCCGCUAUCUUUAAAGUGGGAGACGACUGCAGACAGGAUAUGCUUGCUCUGCAGAUCAUUGGGCUUUUUAAGAAUAUUUUCCAGCUGGUGGGCCUGGAUCUGUUUGUCUUCCCAUACAGAGUUGUGGCCACUGCACCAGGGUGUGGUGUGAUCGAGUGCAUCCCAGACUGUAAGUCCCGAGACCAGCUGGGCAGACAGACGGACUUCGGGAUGUACGAUUACUUCCGUAACCAGUACGGAGAUGAAACCACCCUCGCCUUCCAGAAGGCUCGGUAUAACUUCAUCCGCAGUAUGGCCGCCUACAGCCUCCUGCUCUUCCUGCUGCAGAUCAAAGACAGACAUAAUGGCAACAUCAUGCUGGACAGCAAGGGCCACCUCAUCCACAUAGACUUCGGCUUCAUGUUCGAGAGCUCUCCUGGCGGGAACCUGGGCUGGGAGCCUGACAUCAAGCUGACAGACGAGAUGGUGAUGAUCAUGGGAGGAAAGAUGGAGGCCACACCUUUCAAAUGGUUCAUGGAGAUGUGUGUCAGAGGAUAUCUGGCUGUACGUCCCUACAUGGAUGCAGUGGUUUCUCUAGUGACGCUCAUGCUGGACACCGGACUGCCGUGCUUCAGAGGACAAACCAUUAAACUCCUCAAAGGACGGUUUAAUCCACAAAUGAGUGAGAAAGAAGCAGCAGCGUUUAUCAUCAAAGUCAUCCAGAGCUGCUUCCUCAGUAGCAGGAGCAAAACGUACGACAUGCUGCAGUAUUACCAGAACCAAAUUCCUUACUGAAGACCUUCUGCCAGACUUCCAAUACAAACAUCUCCACAAGAGCAAUGCAAACCUUCUUUUGAAUGAUUUGAACACAGUCCUGCACCUUGCAGGUACCACUGUGCUCCAGUGGCAGAGACGAUAAUGUGGCACUUUGAUCCAGUUUUAUUCAGCAUACUGUAAGAUUUUAUAACGUACACCUGAAUUUUAAGGUCAUUUUAUUUAACUUGAGAGUAAAAAAACAAUGUAUGACUUGAACCAAAAGAGGUAUUUGAAUCACCCUUUAAGUAUUUCAAGCACUAAUGAAAUGCUCACACUAUGGAGCCAUAUUUACAGUGAUGUUUCAACAGCUGGUGUCAUCAUUGUCAUUUUGUUCCUAUGCUGUUUCCACUUUUAUGCACUUUACAGAGCAUCAUAUUUUACAAACAGAUUUAAUCGAGAUGAAACAUUAGAGAGUAAAACAAUCAGUGGUUUAACACAAGCUGGUCACAAAGAUCUAAAAUCACUUCAGGAAUCAUUCAUCACUGCUCUCACAGUGGUCUGUAGAAACAUAUUUAGAGAAUUAUGCUGUAGCAUUGACUGUAGAAUAUUUACUGUAGAAUCACAUCAGGAUCACGGGGAUUUGAUCUGUGAUGAACUUAGAGUUGUAUGUGGAGAACAUAUUUAUCAGAAGGAUUUAAAACUUGUAACUGUGCUGCUUUGAUGCUUCUCAUACCUCUUCAUGUCCGUCUUCACUGCCAGCUGUUACCUAGCGACGUUUUCCACCACAGGAACUUGGCAACCUGAACCUUUAAUAGCCUGUGGGGCUGUGAUGCUGAAGGGCCCGACUUGUAUUUCCACCUGAGUGUUGGACAUAUGUCACUGAAAAGGGGACUAAGGAAAACGUUGUCUUUGUUUAGUCACUGUUUCAUAGGUAGGUGCAGCUGUGGGACAGACGACAUUGUUGUUGUACUGAUGUAGCCCCAGUUUGUUCCUGUUAUGUAUGUGCAAAUCUGAUCUGAAGAAGAAGAAGCACUUCAAGUUCCUGUUGUGGAAAAUGCCACUAGACAGUUGCUGCUACAGGACGAGUUCACUGGCUUCAUCACAGCCUGCAGUCUCAAAUAUAGACCAAGAUGUAUAAACACGUACUCGGCCCCCUUCACUGUGUGCACCGCAAAAAUGUCAAGAAGCAUCACUUUGUUAUCAUAGGUUACUGGGGGUAGAAUGAUGGACAAAAACGACAGUUUCAUCCGUUCCUGAUUUACAACACUGUCCAGUGUGGAAGAAGGGAGAUGGUCCGAGUCCUGAAGCCACAGUGUUUUAGUUCUGUCCAG